AUGCUCCUAAUCAGUUUUUUUGACGAGUUUUUCCGCGGAUUGACUGAUCUUGCCUUCCUGUUGCUGUGGUUUUUUUGGUGCUUGACCAAGUUUGCUUUCUUUUUCCUUCGGGAGAAGAUAAGCAGUGACUUUGUGUCUCUUUGGCGUGGUGUGAGAAAAAGACGUGUCAAUUAUGACAAUGUCUGUGUCCGUUGGGGUGAUGAUGAUGCCCUCAUCGCUGACAUUAGACGUCUUGCAGCUGAGCCUUCGUCUUCUCGCGUUUGUGCUUCUUCCGCUGUUCCCGUUUCUCUUCCCUCUGCCGGUUCUCUCCCUCUUCGUGAGGUUAGCAACCAACCUUUUGCUUUGGCUUCUCUUUCGCCCUUGCAAAAAUCAGGGUUCGGCUGUUACAGCCUCGAUUGCGUUUGUGUUGUCGGUUUGCCUUGCCUUUCUCCUGGGUUUGUGCCUCCACCCCUUCAACCUUACCAGCCCAAAUCCCAUGUUCCUGCCUUUGCUUUCGCUUGCGAAGCUAUAGUCCAGGCAUGGGUACAAGAAUACGCACCUGUUCUUGUUUCCUCUGCGGUUUCUUCCCCUUUUGGGGAUAACGUAGAUCCAGCGGUUUCUUCCCUUCAUAGGGAUAACGCUGAAGAAGCGGUUUCUUCCCCUUGUGGGGAUAACGCUUUCUCUGCGGUUUCUUCCCUUCUUAGGGAUAACGCAGAUCCAGCGGUUUCUUCCCUUCAUAGGGAUAACGCUGAAGAAGCGGUUUCUUCCCCUUAUGGGGAUAACGCUUUCUCUGCGGUUUCUUCCCCUUAUGGGGAUAACGUAGAUCCAGCGGUUUCUUCCCUUCAUAGGGAUAACGCUGAAGAAGCGGUUUCUUCCCCUUAUGGGGAUAACGCUUUCUCUGCUGUUUCUUCCCUUCUUAGGGAUAACGCAGAUCCAGCGGUUUCUUCCCUUCAUAGGGAUAACGCUGAAGAAGCGGUUUCUUCCCCUUAUGGGGAUAACGCUUUCUCUGCGGUUUCUUCCCUUCUUAGGGAUAACGCAGAUCCAGCGGUUUCUUCCCUUCAUAGGGAUAACGCUGAAGAAGCGGUUUCUUCCCCUUCUGGGGAUAACGCUUUCUCUGCGGUUUCUUCUCCUUAUGGGGAUAACGCAGAUCCAGCGGUUUCUUCCCUUCUUAGGGAUAACGCUGUCCCAGCGGUUUCUUCCCUUUUUAGGGAUAACGCUGAAGAAGCGGUUUCUUCCCCUUGUGGGGAUAACGCUUUCUCUGCGGUUUCUUCCCUUCUUAGGGAUAACGCAGAUCCAGCGGUUUCUUCCCUUGCUAGGGAUAACGCUGAUGAAGCGGUUUCUUUCCCUUCUGGGGAUAACGCUUUUACCUCGGUUGUUGGUGGUGCUUCCGUGUCUGGUGUGGGCGAUGAAGGUUUGCUUUCUCCCCUUCCUUCUCCUUUCUUCCGCGGGGCGUUUGCUUCCCCGGAGUUGGUUCCUCUUCCGUCCGCUCUGUCCCGUCUUCCCCCUUUGGAGGAUGAUGUUUUGGGUGGCAAGCGAAAAACUCCCUCUCCUUCCCCCACCACAUCUCCCCGGGUAUAUCCCGUUUCCUCUCCUUGCCUUCGAGCAUCGUCUCCUUCUGGAGAAACCACUUCUUUUGUGGUUGAUUAUUCUGGUGUUCUGACCCCCCCUCGCGUGAUUGCCAGGCCUAGGCUUUCACGCGCCAAGAAAAACAAGAAGCCGGAGUUGAAGUUGCCCUUUGCUGCUGAAAUGCAAAACGACGUUGAGCCGGAGGAACCGGAUACGAAGAGAGUUCGCUCGCGGGAAUCGUAG